AUGAUGCUAAGCCGAAUAUCGAAAACGAACCUGGGUCAACAAGCAUGGAGGAACACAGGCCUAAGACAUAAUUCGAGAAUAAUAUCCAGCAUCUUCCCACGAAGACAAGUACAUAUGGAAACGUUCCAACCAAUCUCUGAUAUAUUCAUAACAUUACAUGAAACGUCAGGAAUACCAUGGCUAUUCAUGGUACCCAUGAUGACAUUAACUUUAAGAUCCCUCGUAACAUUACCCCUAAGCAUAUGGCAACGUAAAAGAAUCGUCAAACAACAAGAAUUAAGGAAGAUAGUCCAGGCAACGACACCGAUUUUACAAUUGAGGUUAGCAGCCCAAACUUUACAAAAAAAGAAGCAACAGGGUAAUGCAAUUGCAGGUGAGUUGGCCAUGCUAUCAUCCCCCACGAGUAAAGCAUCACUUGUGUUGACACCGGAACAAAUUAAACAAAUGGCGAUAAAGGAAACAAGGAAAAGACAGAAAAAGUUGUUCAAGAAAUAUAAUGUACCUCUAUGGAAAAACGUGGUAUUACCAUUGGUACAAAUUCCAUUGUGGGUUACCAUCUCAAUGGGGAUAAGGAACUUGGUAGAUAGAAGAUUCUUCGAAGUUGGAGAACAAUGGGCUAAAGAUUUCGAUAUUGAUGGAAUAGACUUAAGUGGGCCAUUGGAUCCAUUACCUAUGCUUGUCCCCAUUGUGUUAGGUACAUUUUCUCUUUUAAAUGUGGAAUUUAAUGGGAAAAUGAUGUUGAAUAAAGAUACUAAUCUUGUAGGGAUUAAAACUUAUACCGACGAAUCUACGACCCUGGCUCAAAGUAUGAGAAGUAUUAUGAAUGUUUCAAGGAUGGGAUGUAUAUUUAUGAUGGGUGUUUCAUCUCAAACAUCUAUAUUAUUGGCAUUAUAUUGGAUUAGUUCUCAAUUUUUUUCAUUGGUACAGAAUAUGAUUUUGGACAAAGUAUGGCCUUAUCAAAGGUAA